AUGGGCGCCUAUCAGAAACACCAGGACGUGAUUAGUCAGGUUUUGCCUGAUGCGACGACAACUGCUUUUGAGUAUGAAGAUGAGGAUGGUGAUCGAAUUACAGUCCGAAGUGAUGAAGAAAUGAAAGCUAUGUUGUCUUAUUACUACACUACUGUAAUGGAGCAACAAAUAAAUGGACAGUUAAUAGUGCCUCUGCAGAUCUACCCAAGAGCCUGCAAACCUCCUGGGAAACGGAACAUACAUGGCCUGAAGGUAAAUACGCGAGCAGGGUCUGCUAACAAUAGCAGUGCAGCAGUUCCAGACUCCCUUCCGAGCAAUAGUUUGAAGAAGUCCUCAGCAGAACUGAAGAAAAUAUUAGCUAAUGGCCAGAUGAAUGAACAAGACAUACAGUAUCGAGACAUCCUCGGUCAUGGCAAUGGAGGAACCGUCUACAAAGCAAACCAUGUCCUCAGUGGGAAAAUAUUAGCAGUCAAGGUGAUCCCUUUAGAUAUUACACUGGAACUUCAGAAGCAGAUUAUGUCAGAAUUAGAAAUUCUUUACAAGUGUGAUUCAUCCUACAUCAUAGGAUUUUAUGGUGCUUUUUUUGUAGAAAACAGGAUUUCCCUUUGUACUGAAUUUAUGGAUGGGGGUUCUUUGGAUGUUUACAGGAAAAUUCCAGAACAUGUAUUGGGAAGAAUAGCAGUCGCUGUUGUUAAAGGCCUUACAUAUUUAUGGAGCUUAAAGAUUUUACAUAGGGAUGUGAAGCCAUCGAAUAUGUUGGUGAACACGAGAGGCCAGGUCAAGUUAUGUGACUUUGGGGUUAGCACGCAGCUGGUGAAUUCCAUAGCCAAGACGUAUGUGGGGACAAAUGCAUAUAUGGCGCCAGAAAGAAUUUCAGGAGAGCAAUAUGGCAUUCAUUCUGAUGUUUGGAGUCUAGGAAUUUCCUUUAUGGAGCUUGCUCUCGGGAGGUUCCCAUAUCCUCAGAUUCAGAAAAACCAGGGAUCUUUAAUGCCUCUCCAGUUACUCCAGUGCAUUGUUGAUGAGGAAUCGCCUGUCCUUCCAGUUGGGGAGUUCUCCGAGCCGUUUGUACACUUCAUCACUCAAUGUAUGAGAAAGCAACCAAAGGAACGACCAGCCCCUGAAGAGUUAAUGGGCCACCUCUUCAUCAUCCAGUAUGAUGAUGGGAAUGCUGAGGUUGUCUCCAUGUGGGUGUGUCGGAUGCUGGAGGAGAGGCGUUCACAACAGCAACAACAGCAACAGGGAUCCCAAUGAGCAGAAGAGAUGCUGUGUGUCCAAGCCAGAGAGACGGAUGCUCACCAAUGGCCACCUCGGACUCUUUAACAUUUUCAUGGGAGACUUUUUUCAACUACAUUUCAUCUGAUGGAGAUAUUUGACUAUGUAUGGUAAUUUUUUUAUUUGUCAAAGACAAAUCUAUUUCUUCCUCACACUCUCUUUCACACAGAAAGAUUAUCAUCCAUUUUAUCACUGUCCACCUUAAGGACGUACCAGUCAUCUUUAAGACAAUAUUAUUAUGUAUUUUAUUAAACUGUGUUUUGGUUUUGGUUUUGGUUUUGCUUCAAAGUAUUUUAUACAGCUUUUAUUCAGUCCUAGCACAGAAAAACAUACAUGGGUACGAUGAGCAUGCAUUUUAACAGUCCUCUGGAGUCAGUAAUAUAUCUGUUUUGGUUUUUAAUUUUUAAAUACCACAGUGAAGUGAGCAUUGACUACCCAGAGGAAGUUUUUAUUCUUCCAGGAUCCCUGAAAGAAUAAAAAGUGUAACAAGCAUCAGUCACAUGAUAUUAGCACAUGUAUGACUUUAUGCUCAUUAUGAUGAGUGCACCCAUAAUAAAAGUAGUCGGAGGAAAUGAAUCAAAUAUUCAAAGAAUUUCAGUGCCCUUUUUAACAUAAUGGAGGCUGCUUCAGUUUUUCUGUUUAUUUUUGACCAGCAUCUACAUAGGAGUUUCUCUGGCAAACCAAGCCUAAGGCCCAUAGCUGAAUGAGUAUAUUUGUUCCAUUUGCAUGGAGGACCCAUCGAUUCCCUGCCCUUUGUGAGUGAACGGUUCAGAUUGUGGGCAAAUGCAGUCUGUCCUCCCGUAGGAAGAAGGAGAAGGAUGAGGGGAAAGGGGGCAGGACACAAAGAGAGAGCAAAGGCCCCAUGGACUGUUAGCAGGCCAGUCUAAAAGGAAUGCAGCCCUUGACUGAAAAAGCAACUCCUUACCUGGCCCUAAGGUAAGGACCAAGUAUACAUGGACACUUGCACAACAUUAUUUCCUAACUUUUUUUGUCUUCUGAUUUCCAUUUUUCAAAUUCUAGACUUCCAAGGUAACAACCAUUUUGAAGAUAGAAGAACAGUAAACUCUCCUAAUGUUCCAGAUUUUCUUGUAUGUUUGAGGCUGUUUCACUUGGUCGGUGUAUGUAAUAAAAUGUAUUUUAAAUGUC